UCUGAUGUACUUUGGCAUUGACAAUAAAUGUCAUAUGUCAUGUUUGUGACAAAACAGUGAGGAAUAUUUUAUGAGAAAGAUUUUCUGAAAAUUUUGAUAAUAAAACAAAGUCUUUUUCGAUUUAAACAAUUUCACAUAAUCACUUGUUUAAUGGUAACAGCUUAACAAUAUUCACAAGAUGUCAUCUUCAAACACUUUACAAAAAGCUAUAGAUCUUGUCACAAAAGCUACUGAAGAAGAUAAAAACAAGAAUUAUGAAGAAGCAUUGAGAUUAUAUGAGCAUGGUGUAGAAUACUUUCUGCAUGCAGUGAAGUAUGAAGCGCAGGGGGAAAGAGCUAAGGAAAGCAUUCGAGCUAAAUGUCUUCAAUAUCUAGACCGUGCCGAAAAGUUGAAAGAGUAUUUGAAAAAAGACCAAAAGAAAAAACCCGUUAAAGCUGGAGAGUCAGGAAACUCCAAAAGUGAGGACAAAAAGAGUGACAGCGAUAGCGACUCUGAUAAUCCCGAGAAGAAAAAAUUGCAAGGCCAGCUUGAAGGUGCUAUUGUUGUUGAGAAACCUCAUGUUAAAUGGAGCGAUGUUGCUGGUCUUGAAGCUGCUAAAGAGGCUCUAAAAGAAGCUGUUAUUCUUCCAAUCAAGUUUCCGCAUCUUUUCACUGGUAAAAGAAUACCCUGGAAGGGAAUUCUACUCUUUGGGCCACCUGGUACUGGUAAGUCUUACUUGGCUAAGGCUGUUGCAACAGAGGCCAAUAAUUCUACCUUCUUUUCUGUAUCGUCAUCUAAUCUUGUAUCAAAAUGGCUUGGUGAAUCAGAAAAAUUAGUCAAGAACUUAUUUGAACUUGCACGAGAACAUAAACCCAGCAUCAUCUUCAUUGAUGAAAUAGAUUCCUUGUGUUCUUCACGAUCUGAUAAUGAGUCUGAAUCGGCUCGUAGGAUUAAGACAGAGUUUCUUGUACAAAUGCAGGGUGUAGGUAAUGAUAUGGAUGGUAUUCUUGUUCUCGGAGCGACCAAUAUUCCUUGGGUGCUUGAUGCUGCUAUUAGGCGGCGAUUUGAGAAACGUAUUUACAUUGCACUACCAGAGGAACAUGCUCGUUUAGAUAUGUUUAAGUUGCAUCUGGGGAAUACAUACCACACUCUGACAGAACAAGAUCUAAAAACGCUUGCAGCUAAAACUGACGGUUAUUCUGGAGCAGAUAUUAGUAUUGUUGUCCGAGAAGCGUUGAUGCAGCCUGUACGUAAGGUGCAAUCAGCUACCCAUUUCAAGAAAGUAACUGGUCGGUGCCCGACAAACCCUGACCUUAUUGUUAAUGACCUGUUAGCCCCGUGUUCGCCCGGCGACCCGGGUGCAUUGGAGAUGACCUGGAUGGAUGUACCAAGUGAUAAACUUGGGGAACCGCCCGUAACCAUGUCUGACAUGUUGCGAUCUCUAGCGACGUCUAAACCUACAGUCAAUGAUGACGACAUGACAAAAUUGAAGAAAUUUAUGGAUGAUUUUGGCCAGGAAGGUUAAGUGUAAGCUCUAAAAUGAAGUGCGUUUUAUCUUCUUUUUUAUAGUUUUUACUUUUUUAGCACCAUGCCUAGAGUUGUAUUGUAUUGCAUAGUCCAUUCUAGUUUUUGAUAUGUUUCAUUUAGCCCGUAACCUAGCAUCUUGCACACAUGUGGUUUAUACAGUCUACUGAGAACUGUAUUGUUACAUGUGUCAAAUUUAACUAUUUGGACACAAUAUGCUCAAUACAUCCAUGUAUAUAAAUUUUACAUUAACUUCCAUAAAAAAAUAUAAUGAACAAAGAACAUAAAUUUUCGGCUUACCUAAAUCCGAUCAUAUAUAAUAGGCCAAUUUGUGUGGGAGAGAAAAACAUUUUUUUUCUAUAAUUCAUUUCGGCUUAGAACCAUUCUCUUGCUCUAUGCCGUCAUCCAAACAUAUUUAUUUCCUUUGUUCAUUAAUUAUUACAAUCAGGGUUGCAUUAGACCUUUAUUAUUUUCCAAAUCAUCUCUUGGGCUAUAAAAUAUUACUUUGCCUUACUAUAGUUUCUGAUGCUUGAUAUUAAUUACAUAAUGAAGCAGCUUCUGAGUUUAGCUCGAGAUUUAGGUGCAUUGAACUUGUAUUAUUGAAAAUAAAUGUGACUGUAUCUCUUGUUUUCUGGCCUUUUUUCUCAUUAAGUAGGUAGUUGUAAUAUAUUAUGUCAUAUUAUGGUAUUUUAAGGUGAUUUGUUUGCACCUAAUCUGAGUUAGCCGUUUUUUGCUAUGAUUUUUCUACAAAUUGAUUGGAUUAGAACUCGAUGUUUUUCGUAUUUUACUUAACAUGUGUCUAUAUUGUCUAUAGAUUACAAAUAAUUGUCCAAAUAAGAUUUUUGCUCUUUAGUUUCAGACUAUCAUAUGGUAUUUAUUAAAUGUUGCUUUUUACAUAGUUCAGACUACACAGUAAGUUAACACCAAUUUGUCCUUAAAAUUAUUAUAUUUACUAGGUAGUUAAAAAUAAGUAGGUAUAGUUAAAAAUCUAUUACACUAUGUAUCUUGUUGUCCCAAAAUUCAGAAUUUUGUAAUUAUAAACUUGUUAACAGUUUCUUUAAUGUUAAGUUGUAUAAAACACAUUUUAAAACAUUCUCUGCUAGUUGGGUAUAAGACAAUAUUCUAUAUUUUAUGACCAACUGGGAGAAAAUGGCUUUAGAAACCUGACUCUUAUGAUGUAGGUAACAGGGUUUCAAUUAUUAUUCGCUUACUAAAAAUGCACGCGAUAUUAUACUAUAGAUUACCUGCAUUUGUUAUCAUACAAAAAACUAAAUAUAUUAGCAACCCUUUUAUUGUGAUUUUAAAUUGUGAUAAGUGUAUCUACGUAACUGCAGAUUGGUUUACUAACUUGGAUUUCGCAUUUUUAGAUGUUAUAUAUAUUUUUAACAAAAAUAGUAAUACCUUCAAACACAAAGGAAAUAAUUAUCUUAAGUUCUAUUUAUAGGUUCAUUAGUAUUAAUUUUGAAUCCUCAACCGAUUGCCUGUAAUUUGAAAUUGGAAAUGUAUUUCUAAUAAGCUGUUUAUAUGGAAUAAAACUGAAAAAGUUGA